AAGCUAAUUUUUAAAGAUGAAUGAAGAAUAUUAAGCCAGAGUCAGCAUUUCCAAUAUGGCGACCGCCAUCACUGGGCUUCAGUGACUCCCCUGAGACUACAUCCAUGUUUUAUAAAGUCCAUGGACACACUGAGUGAUAUCCAUCAGAGACCAGAUUAAAGGAAGGCUACGUCAAGCUUUCCUUUGACAGCAAGAUGCAAUGAAGUUUCCUGAGUGUCGCUGCACUUUUAAGAUCAUCUUCUACGAGGACAGGAACUUCCAGGGUCGUUCCUAUGAGACCAGCAGUGACUGCCCUGACAUGUCCUCCUACCUGAGCAGGUGUCACUCCUGCAGGGUGGAGAGCGGCUGCUUCAUGGUGUACGACCGUCCCAACUUCAUGGGAAACCAGGCCUUCGUCAGGAGGGGAGAGUACUCUGACUACCAGCGCAUGGGCAUGAGCGAUUGCAUCAGGUCCUGCCGUAUGAUCCCCAUGCACAGGGGUCAGUUCAGGAUGAGGAUCUACGAGAGGGAGAACUUCGGCGGUCAGAUGCACGAGCUGAUGGACGACUGUGAAAACAUGCAGGAUCGUUUCCGCAUGUCCGACUGCCAGUCCUGCAACGUGAUGGACGGCCACUGGCUGGGAUACGAGCAGCCCCACUUCAGAGGCAGGAUGAUGUACCUGAGGCCCGGCGAGUACAGGAGCCUGAGGGACUCCGGCUCCAACAUGAGGAUCCAGAGCAUGAGGCGUAUCAUGGAGUCUUGUUAUUAGAGCACCAGUGUACAAACGCAGAGUUUUCAA